UCCCGGCGGAAAGGGGCAGCGAAGAAGAUGGCGAGGAGUGGGCUGCUCCGGCGGGAGGGGAUGAGGGCCGUGCGGGCGCUGAACGGCCUUUUCGCCCUCUACAAGCCCCCUGGUGUCCACUGGAAGCAAGUCCGGGACACCGUCGAGGCUAACUUGUUGAAAGAUCUUAAUUCUGCAGAAUGUCCUCGUCCCGAAUACCAAGUCCGCUUUCUACCGAGUGUUACCCAGGGUGUUAAUGGCACUGAAACCAACCUGACUGUGGCACAGCUGCCAGUCCUGGCCAAUCAUCCACGAGUUAGAGGUCCUAAGUUUUCUCAUUUGAAAGUGGGAGCUGGUGACCGUUUGGACUACCGCUCAUCUGGGGUCUUUGUGCUUGCAGUUGGCAGUGGCAACAAGCAAUUAUCUUACCUCCAUGACUGUCAUCUGACCAAGGAAUACACUGUAAAAGGCAGCUUUGGAAUGGCAACAGAGGAUUUUACAGACACGGGCCGACUGAUUGAGAAAACAACUUAUGAUCACAUCACUCGGGACAAAUUGGAGCGCAUCAUUGCUGUGAUCCAGGGCAGCCACCAGAAAGCUCUGAUAAUGUAUUCUGGCAUUGAUUUGCAAAGCCAAGAAGCGUACGAGCUUGCAUGUCGGGGAAUGUUACGUCCAAUGAACAAAUCCCCUCCCAUCAUCACUGGCAUUCGCUGUAUAGAGUUCUGCCUUCCGAAUUUCAUUCUGGAGGUCCAAUGUGUACAUGAGACCCAGCAGUACCUGCGUAAGAUUGUCCACGAGAUAGGUCUGGAGCUGAAAUCUUCAGCAGUUUGCACCAGCGUGCGACGUACACGUGAUGGGAUUUUCACACUGGACGAUGCAUUAAUCAGAACAAACUGGAAAUUACAGAGCAUAUCCACAGCAAUCCAACGCAACCAGCCUAGAGUGGAAGCUGCUCUCCUUAAGGACAGCUGGAGACACAGUGACAUUUCUGGGGAAGACAUGCCUGCUGGAGUACUACAGAGGUUUCCAGUGCCCUAAGUGGCU